AUGAAAGGUGAUUUUUCUAGUAUGAGUCAGCUGGUAGACUCUCAUACCACCUCCAUCAAGAAGAUUGAGCAGCAGUUGGGGAAACUUUCAACCUCAUUAAAUCAGAGGAAGAAUGGGUCACUACCAAGUGACACGAUCCAAAAUCCCAAGAAGGACGGGCAUUGCAUGGCUAUCGCCACCAGGAUUGGUAAGAUUCUUACUGACCCUAUUUAUGCAAGUACUAAAUAUGAGCAGGUGUUGGAGCAAGUUGGAAGAGAGGAGGAUGAAGCUGAGCAAGUAGAUGACUUGGAGGAUGCUCAACCAAUAGCCAAAUCAGCAGGAGCGAAAGAAAAAGAGGUUGAAGGAACCUUGCCGUUACAGCAAAUCCCAAGACCACCUCCUCCUUUCCUUCAAAGGCUUAAAAAGAAAGCCGAGGAUGGGAAAUUCGCUAAAUUCAUCACCAUGCUGAGAUUGUUGUCUGUAAACAUACCAUUGAUGGAAGCCCUUGAGCAGAUGUCGGGAUAUGCCAAGUUCAUGAAAGACUUGGUUACUAAGAAAAGAGCAAAGAAGGAGGAUCCAGGUGCAUUCACCAUACUAUGCACUAUUGGAUCAAUCAAAUUUGCAAAGGCCUUGUGUGAUCUAGGGGCCAGUAUAAACUUGAUGCCGCUGACCAUCUACAAGCAACUGGGGUUAGGAGUUCCAAAACCCACAACCAUGAGGUUGAUGAUGGCAGAUAGGUCAGUGAAGCGACCUGUGGGCAUCCUAUGUGAUGUACUUGUAAAUCUCGACACGUUCAUCUUUCUGGCAGACUUCGUGAUCUUGGAUUGCGAAGUGGAUUUUGAGGUUCCCAUUAUUUUGGGAAAACCAUUUCUGGCCACAUGGCGAGCAUUAGUAGAUGUUGAGCGAGGAGAAUUGAAAUUUAGACUCAACAAAGAAGAGGUAAAGUUUAAUAUUUGCAAGUCCAUGAAGCAGCCACAAGACAUGAAUGUGGUGUCUGCAAUAGGGUUUUUUUGA